AAAGUCCAAAUCGCCUUUUUGACGUUUCUCCCAAACUUUCUCUCUAUCCAAAUAGCGAAAAGUCCAAGUACCCUUUAGCAAUUAUGAAGAACCGGAAGUUUCCUGGAAGUUUCCUACAUGUUUAUUGUAGAAAAAUUCUACGAUGCCUCCUUCGGUACCAUGCCUCCAUUUUUUUUUCAGCCAUUGGAUGAAAAUGAUUAAAUCUCAGCCAUCCAACCCAAUAUGGAUUCGGUACCGUAGCAUAACCCUUGUAAUAUUUUUGGUUUUAAUUUUAUUUUUCAUUUUCUGCGAUGAAUCGUUACCGGCGAUUGAAGGCGUUAUUUUCUAUUUGGUUGACUGCGGUUGUUUAAAAGCCGAAAAUCAAUGCUCAAUUCUCGGUAAAGUUGGUUUUGAUUUCGUUUUUUUUUGGUUUUUUGAAAGAAAAAAAAAGAAAAAAAAAGUAUUCGAACUCGGUCAAUGCGAUUGUAGAUCGUGUAAAUUAGAGGGAAUUCUAUGUUUGGAGUUUCUAACAAUAGGAAACGGAAUUUGCGAGCUGGAAAAACUUCAGGUUGAUUUUGUAGGCAAGUUUUUGUUUCUUCUUUUGGUGUUUCACGAUUAGUGAUUCCAGUAAAGAACCGCGAGGUGGCUCCGUUGAAGACCGGCGGCGCCAUCUCUCGUGCGGCAGGCCAAUCAUGAACGGAAGUGGUGACAUGGAGGCUGCAUCUGCCUCUGGCGGUGGCAUGGUCGGCGGCGAUGAGGAUGAGGUGGUGUAUUUGGAUCCCUUCAAUAUUGCUACCACCAAGAACGCUUCUGUGGAGACGCUGAAGCGAUGGAGGCAAGCAGCACUCGUGCUCAAUGCUUCUCGUCGAUUUCGGUACACAUUGGACUUAAGAAAGGAAGAAGAGAAAGAGCAAAGAAGAAGGAUGAUUAGAGCACAUGCACAAGUCAUAAGAGCGGCAUUGCUUUUCAAAUUGGCUGGGGAACAAGCAACAAUAGUGUUGGGUACUACAGUAUCACCACCAAGUCCAGUUGGUGAUUAUUUAAUUGGAGUGGAACAGCUUGCUUCAAUGACCAGAGAUCAUAAUUUUUCUGCUCUGCAAGAAUAUGGAGGGGUUAAAGGAUUAUCGGAUUUAUUAGAAACAAAUCUAGAGAAAGGAACUGAUGGGGAUGAUGCUAGUCUAUCAAAAAGAAGAAACAUGUUUGGAUCAAAUACAUAUCCUCAGAAAAAAGGGCGGAGUUUCUUGAUGUUCCUUUGGGAAGCUUGGCAAGAUUUAACCCUUAUCAUCUUGAUUGUAGCUGCAGCAGCAUCAUUGGCUUUAGGAAUAAAAACUGAGGGUGUGAAAGAAGGAUGGUAUGAUGGGGGUAGCAUUGCCUUUGCAGUGUUUCUUGUUAUAUUUGUUACUGCAAUUAGUGAUUACCGACAGUCCCUGCAAUUUCAAAAUUUAAAUGAGGAAAAACGAAAUAUACAUUUAAAGGUCAUUAGAGGUGGCAGACCCGUGGAGAUAUCAAUAUUUGAUAUUGUUGUUGGUGAUGUUGUACCUUUAAGCAUAGGUGACCAGGUCCCUGCAGAUGGAAUCUUAAUUACUGGUCAUUCUCUUGCAAUUGAUGAAUCUAGCAUGACUGGUGAAAGCAAGAUUGUUCACAAGGAUCAUAAGGCACCCUUUUUGAUGUCUGGUUGCAAAGUGGCAGAUGGUGUUGGUACUAUGCUGGUAACUGGUGUGGGAAUCAAUACUGAAUGGGGAUUGUUGAUGGCAAGUAUCUCAGAGGAUACUGGUGAAGAAACCCCCUUGCAGGUACGCUUGAAUGGGGUUGCAACUUUUAUAGGCAUAGUUGGGCUUGCAGUUGCUGUUUCUGUACUGGCUGUCCUUUUGAUAAGAUACUUUACUGGACAUACGAGAGAUUCAGAUGGAACAGUCCAAUUUAAAAGUGGUGUUACGAGUUUUGGUGAUGCUGUAGAUGAUGUCAUUAAAAUCAUUACAAUUGCAGUCACCAUUGUGGUUGUUGCAGUGCCUGAAGGGCUGCCUUUGGCUGUUACCUUGACCCUAGCAUACUCCAUGCGAAAGAUGAUGGCAGAUAAGGCUUUGGUGCGUAGGCUUUCAGCCUGUGAAACUAUGGGCUCUGCAACAACAAUUUGCAGUGAUAAGACUGGAACAUUAACCUUGAAUAAGAUGACUGUGGUUGAGGCUUAUGUAGGGAGAAAGAAGAUAGAUCCACCAGAUGACUCCUCACAGUUGCAUCCAGAUGUUUCAUCUCUGCUACAUGAGGGCAUUGCCUGCAAUACCCAGGGCAAUGUUUUUGUGCCUAAGGGUGGUGGAGAAGAAAAAAUGGAAAUUUCUGGAUCUCCUACAGAAAAGGCUAUCCUUGCUUGGGCAGUCAAGUUGGGGAUGAAGUUUGAUGUAAUAAGAGAAGAAUCCUCAAUUCUCCAUGUUUUCCCUUUCAACUCAGAGAAAAAGAGAGGUGGUGUUGCAGUACAGGGUGACAAUAAAGUUCAUAUACAUUGGAAGGGAGCAGCUGAGAUGGUACUAGGCUCCUGUACGGAAUAUCUUGACUCAAAUGGUUGUUUGCAGCCCAUGGGUGAAGAUAAGGAGUUCUUCAGUGAAGCUAUUAAUCAAAUGGCUGCAAGCAGCUUGCGCUGUGUUGCAAUUGCAUACAGAACAUUUGACUUGGACAAAAUGCCAAUUGAUGAGGAGCAACGAGACCAAUGGGUUUUGCCUGAAAAUGACCUUGUUUUGCUUUCUAUUGUUGGUAUAAAGGAUCCUUGUCGUUCAGGUGUCCAAAAUGCUGUGAGAAUUUGCACGAAUGCUGGUGUUAAGGUACGCAUGAUCACUGGAGAUAAUCUUCAAACAGCCAAGGCAAUAGCUUUAGAGUGUGGGAUACUUCCUUCUGAAGCAGAUGCUACUGAACCUAAUAUCAUAGAAGGAAGAGCAUUCCGUGUAUUAUCUGAGAGAGAAAGAGAACAAGUUGCCAAGAAAAUAUUGGUGAUGGGAAGAUCUUCUCCUAAUGAUAAACUUCUCCUUGUGCAAGCGCUACGCAAGGCUGGUGAGGUUGUUGCCGUAACAGGAGAUGGCACUAAUGAUGCUCCUGCACUUCAUGAGGCAGAUAUAGGUCUCUCUAUGGGCAUUCAAGGAACUGAAGUUGCAAAAGAAAGCUCAGACAUCAUUAUCUUGGAUGAUAACUUUGCCUCAGUUGUAAAGGUUGUUCGCUGGGGGCGUUCUGUCUAUGCAAAUAUUCAAAAAUUUAUCCAGUUCCAGCUCACUGUUAAUGUUGCAGCUCUUAUUAUAAAUGUUGUUGCAUCAGUUUCCUCUGGUGAUGUUCCUUUAAAUGCAGUGCAGCUUCUAUGGGUUAACCUUAUCAUGGAUACUCUUGGAGCACUUGCAUUGGCUACUGAACCACCAACUGAUCAUCUUAUGGAAAGAUCUCCAGUUGGUCGAAGAGAACCUCUUAUUACAAAUAUCAUGUGGAGGAACCUAAUCAUUCAGGCUCUUUAUCAAGUCAGUGUCCUCCUUGUCCUCAACUUCUGCGGUAUAAGUAUUCUUCAUUUGAAGGAUGAAACCAGGAAGCAUGCAACUCAAGUGAAGAAUAGUAUGAUAUUCAACUCAUUUGUCCUAUGCCAAAUAUUCAACGAGUUCAAUGCCAGAAAGCCAGAUGAAAUUAAUGUCUUUACUGGAGUGACUAAAAAUUACCUAUUUAUGGGGAUCAUUGGAAUCACCUUUGCGCUUCAGAUUAUCAUCAUUGAGUUUCUUGGAAAGUUUACAUCAACAGUUAAACUCAGUUGGAAAUUAUGGAUGGUUUCUUUGGCAAUUGGCCUUGUCAGCUGGCCUCUGGCCAUCAUUGGGAAACUCAUUCCAGUUCCUGAGACUCCCUUUGCCAAGUUCUUCACUAAGCCAUUUCAGCAAAGGAGAGCGGGUCAUUGGGCUUAGCUUCCAUCUUCCUGUGGUUGUCAUGAUAUCUUUCAGCAUAUCCUAUCUCCGUCAAAAUCUUCCACUGUGUUCAUCGCUCGAUAUAUCAAUAAAAUGUUUGAAAUUCAAAUAUUUGCAUUGGUAUCUUCACUGGUCUUUUUUUGAACUCGAAGUCGUCAAAGCAUCAUGUCUCAAAGUUCCUGCUAAUUUGCGUUCCUUGAGCAAGUCGAAGACUUUGCAGCUAACCCACUUGGCUUGUGUUUCUGAAUAUCAUUUUGUCGAUCUCUGUAUGUUGAUAGACUUUUGGAAUUAAACAACUCUACGCCCUAACAAUAUGAUCUUGUUACUUCAUUUGUUUGCUGGAACUGUAAAUGAAAUGUACUAAGAUGUUAAGAUUGGAGUGCUUUUAUUCUAAUUGCUUUAAUUGGUUCUCA